ACCUCGUCGCAAAGACUCACAAUGGCUGGCUCUUUCAAGACGCCAAUGGUGCGCAGAAGGGAUGACGGACUCCAACUCAGCUAUUUGCUUCCUCACCGCAUCUUCACUUCCAAGCCGUACCCGGCGCUCGCUCCAAACGGUUCGUCGAUUUUCAUCUACGGCUACGACAACGGGUUGAGGGUAGUCUGGAGAGGAGGCAGGACGUUUCUUCCAUCUCCUAGACAAAGGAAUGUGCCAGAUACUCGUCAGAAGGAGACACCGAAUAAUACGACAAAGAACGAUGAUGCGAUUAUGAUUAUUGACUCGGACGACGAGGAGCCUGCACCAGCCGCUUCCAGCAAUGAGGAUAACAUAGAUUACGAGAUUUUCGAAGAUGAAGAAGUCGAAAUCGAGCCUUCGCGUCCGUAUGAACCUAUUAUUCGGCAUGUGGACAUUCCUCUGGGAACAAAGGUCCUCAAACUAGCAGUGCCAUCAAUUCUGCCAGAGAAAGCCCGUUCGCUGGAGUAUACUGUCCCUCCAAUCCUUACAGCAUCAAUUGUUAUAUCUGUUGUCUGCGCGGACUCGAAAUUGAGGGUUAUCAGUUUGCCACUUGCGCCUCCGCACCCCAGCACGAAAGCUUCUGAUUUGAAAAUUCAGACACUGACGUUGGAUGCCACGGUAUCACAAAAUGAAAUUCCCAAGAGUGUUUCAGUUACUUUCACCUGUGAAUCAAACGAAGCAGACGAUGAUCAUAGCCGGAGCAGGUCGCGACAAAUUCAGUCGCCAGUGACGACUGGGCAGUGGAGUUUGCUAGUUGCCACUCAUGCCGCCGAAGCAUCUGGGACGUUACUCGUUUAUAGUUUGCCAAUUGCCCAAGGUCCGAAUGGUUCUUACACAUUACCGACCAAAAACAUAAAACCACUACAGAAGCAUCUUCUUCCUUCUUCGGCGAGAACUAUUUCAUUCAAUCCAUCUCCCUACCCUUCGGCGCGACAUACACACCUCUUGGUGUCGUUUCCAGACAGCUGUGCGAAGAUUUUGGCGUGUUCUACAUCUUCGGAUAAAGAUGCUACAGACGAGAAGCCAGAUCAAGAAGGGAAAUGGCUGCUCACAUUGUAUCCUGGGUUUGGGCAAUCAGCAAAUGGGUUGACUCGACGAAAGACAAUUGUUGACGCUGCCUGGGUUCUGUCUGGUAAGGCCGUUAUGGUACUCCUUUCUGACGGUGAAUGGGGGGUAUGGGAUAUUGAAGGGGCAGGUCCUGGGUCUGAGCCAGGGCCUCUCGUCGGCCAGUCAAGCAUACACGGUAUCACUGGAGGCUCUUUGACAGCCUACUCCAUCAGCGGUCGCAUUCUCGGUGGCCCGCAAACAACGAACAAAUCCCAAACUGCUGUAACUGAAGUGCAGGAACAACGAGGCAAAUUUGCACCAAUGACACCAUCGUCCCGCCGAGUCCGAGAAGAUACAUUAUUCAAGGGAGCUCAACCACUGGCAAAGCCUUCAUUUGAUGGUGAAAUAUCCGUCGUCCAAAUAAAUUCGUCUCGCACCGCUAUGCCUGAAGAGUCGAUUCUGAUUCGCCAUGGAGAUCAAAUCGCCACCAUUCCAAGCCUAUUGUCACUAUGGAGAAGCUCUGUGAAAGCCAGCGGAACCUUUGAUGCAUCCAACCGUUGCCGUGUCUCGCCUUUGGCAGGAAUCAAUUUGUACGGCGAAAGACUGAAUGGCCUUGCACACUUGCCCUCACCAUUCCGGGCAGAAACCGACAGCGAAGAGCAGCAAGAUUACGAAAUCCUCAUCACAGCUGAACAUCGUCUAAUUAUCCUCGGCCGCGAUCUUACGCCCACGACGACGACGAAACCAGCGCAGGCACCUGUCCCUCAACCCGAUACAGAUACCGAUCAACUUAUGCUCAGCCAGGGAGAACUCGAUGUAGACGGUAUGAGUCGCGUAUUGACCACUAUGUCUAUGCGGGGCACCCUUCAACCAAAUUUACAACCCGCCCAUCAACGAAAUGGAUUCAAAAGUCCAAUCAAACGAGCUCGGAUUUUUUCUUAGCUAGUUAGCUAAUUUCAUCAGCGAUACCAUGAUCCAUUUUCUUGUCAUCCUAACCCAUCCAGAAUAGAUCUAUUCGCGACGCAAGGUGGAGCGCAAGGCGAGUUCAAUGCCUUGAAAUUCCUCCUUUUCUCUCUUUCUUUCGUCUUGAGAGAGCGGAGGUGAGGAGGAAUAAGCUCUGUAUUCGACGCGAUAUAUCAUUUCCACCGAAGCAAAACUGAGUAUCAUUCACAUUUCUCUUUUUAGAGUGGAUCUCAUAUAUACAGGAGGGAAUAUCGCUUCUCUUCCGGACAUAUAGCUGAUCUCGCGGGAUUUGUCUGUAUUGGAUUUAUAGAGAAGCGAUGAAUCUUUUCUGUGUGGGAUUUGGUGAGUGAACAGGGGUGGUACAUUCCUUCCUAACUAUCUCCAGUAUUCUGGGGACUGUAGUUAUUCAUGAAUCAAUAGACGGAACAUUUGGUCAGGAUUAAUACCUACAGGACCUCAGGUAGUUGGAGCAACGCAGGUAGCUAUUCUUAUCCAAAUACCUACCCAAAUCCGUAUGUAACGUUACGUAGGCAUAUAAU